GGGGCCCCGGGGGGCGGGCCCGCGGCCGGGGGCGGACAAUGGGGGCGAGAGGAGGUGGCGGCAGGAAGAUGGCAGUCGCCGGAGGCACCGCGGGGCGCCCAGCGGUGGGGAUCCCCUGCUCGGCGUGGCUGCUGGCUGUCGCCGCGCUGACCACCGUCAAAGUAUCAGCAGUAGAGGUCAACACACCGGAGGAGAUAUUUGUGGAGAAUGGGACAGACGCAAAGCUUCCAUGCACAUUUACAUCUGUGGAAGUGAUCAGCAGCGCAGCAUCUGUUUCUUGGAGUUUUCAACCAGAAGGAGCUGCAACUCGUAUCUCAUUUUUCUAUUACUUUAAUGGAAAGCCAUACCCUGGAAAGGAUAUACCAUUUAAAGACAGGAUCACUUGGGCUGGAGAUCUUAACAAGAAAGAUGCUUCUAUCAGUAUAUCAAACAUGCAGUUCCGGGACAACGGCACUUACAUUUGUGAUGUCAAGAACCCACCUGACAUUGUUGUCAAACCAGGAGAAAUCCGAGUUAGAGUUGUGGAGAAAGACAGCCUGCCUGCGUUCCCCAUUGCCAUGGUGGCAGGGAUAGUCAUCGGUACGGUUACAGGUCUCUCACCGCUCAUCUCUAUUGUCGUGUGUCUUGUCAUCAGAAAGAACAACUCUAAAAAACGAUACUCUGGCUGCAGUACCUCUGAGAGCUUGAUGUCACCGGUUAAGCAGGCUCCACAGAAGUCGCCCUCCGACACAGAGGGUCUGGUAAACAGCGUGCCAGCCAGAUCACACCAGGGCCCAGUCAUUUAUGCGCAGUUAGAUCACUCCGGAGGACAGCACAGCGACAAGAUUAACAAGUCAGAGUCUGUGGUCUAUGCUGAUAUUCGGAAGAACUGAGAUGAGAUCCUAAGCUAUCCGAAGGAAAACAUGCAUUCAGACUGGAAUUGCUUGAACAAGAUUUGACCCAGAGAACUCACAUGUGGCCUUUGAUGCCUAGGCUAGGACCAAUGCAUGUGCAUACAGAGGGAAAGAUAUAUAUGUAUUGUGUGUAAAUAGUCUAUUUAAUCGUACAGAAGUGAGACCAAUGUUGCAUGUUGAAAUGCGGUAAGAAUUUUGCUUAUAAAUUGCCAAUAUUCUUUUUAGUAUCUUGUGUGAUGAGAGAGAAAGUGGAAACUCGCAUCACAUUUUAAAAAUAUUUUUAUCUUGAUUAUUAAUGGAGAAACUGGAAGAUGCCUGAAGAUUCUAGAUUGACCUGGAGAUUCUUUUUUUGCUUAUAGGGCCUAAUUUCUUUUGUUGAGCCGAAUAUAGAGAGGAUAUCUUCUUUAUAUUCACAGAGUUCUUUAUGCAUACAGGGUAUUCAUCUUUCCUUGGUCAGAUUCCCAGUGCAAGCUGCCUUCUCGUAUAAACUAGACACUCUCGCUUGGUCUUGUAAGGCCGAAUUGUGACUCCUGGCUGUCAGAAAUGUAUGUCUUAGCAGUGUAAGUGAAGGAAAUGUUUAGGCCUACCUGACCUGUCUAACACAGGUCACAGAACUCUUUACUUCUGUAUUGAGCCCAUCUAUUCAAGCUUAGUCCUUUAAGGUACAGGGAUAGCGUUGAACUAAUGAACUUUGUGAAAUGGUAGUUUACCUGUGAAAACUUAAGAGCUAGUGAGUUAAAGGAAUCUAUAGCUGUAGGUGGUUGCCUCAGACUCUGUUGAACCUUUGAAUGAAAUGUUUCUUCCUUGAAGCUCUGUCAUUUCAUAUAAGCAUGAAAAAGGGCUCUAAGGGAUCUGGAAGCUGUAGUACUCCCUCACUUCUCUCCCAUGGCUCCAUUAUACCACUGUCACUUCCUUAGCAAUGCUUUAUCUGUUCUUAAACGCCUGUAGUGGAGGCUGAAUGACCUCUGAAGGAAAUCUAGGGUUUCACUCUUUUGUUUUUUUAAUGUGUGGUUUUUUUGUGUAACCUGUAUUUGCACAGAGGAUGCGGAAGGCAGUUUAUUUCCUUCCUCUCUGCAAGUCUACUACUUGAAUAUGAUUUCCCAGCUUCUUGUUUCUAGAUUAAACUCCUCGUAGGUUGUUAAGGAUCUCUGAUCACUCUCUUCUGAUGAAGAGGAUCUUUCUUUAGCUGACCCAUUUGCAUCCUGAAAUCUGGUGCUCAAAACUAGAAGUGGCAUUCCAGCUGAGGUCUUCUCAAAGUAGCCUAUAGUAGAAGGAUUUCUGUUUUGUACAUCCUAAUGUGGUGUUGGCUUCUUUGUAGCAGCAAGUAAUUUUCAGUCUGGUUCUGCCAUAACCCCGUCUCUCUGACUCUUACCCAUUUCCUAAGGGUUCAGUUUAUUUCACAGAAUGGUCGGGGUUGGAAGGGGCCUUUGGAGAUCAUCUAGUCCAACCCCCCUGCCAAAGCUGGUUCACCUAGAGCAUGCUGGACAGGAACGCAGCCAGGCAGGUUUUGAGUUAUCUCCGGAGAAGGAGAUUUCACAGAAUCAGUCACAGAAUGGUUGAGGUUGAAAGGGACGUCUGGAGAUCACGUAGUCCAAACCCUCCCUCCUCAAGCAGGGUCAGCUGGAGCAGGUUGCCCAGCAAUGUGUCCCGUUGGGUUUUGAGUAUCUCCGUGGAUGGAAACUCUACAUCUCUGUACAAAAAGUACUUCCUUAUGUUCAGGUGGAAUUUCAUUUUUUUUAACUUCUGUCUGUUGCCUCUUGUCCUUCCAGUGAGCACUACGGAGAAGAGUAGUGCUCUUCAUUCCCUCCCAUUGAGGAUUUAUACGCAUUGACAAGAUCCCCCCCAAGCCUUCUCUUCUUCAGGCUUAACAGUUCCAGCUCUCAGCCUUUCCUCACAUGAAAGAUACCCCAGUUCCUUUACCAACUUUGCACCCUGCACUGAACUUGGUCCAGGAAGUCCAUAUCUCUCUUGUACUGGAGAGCCCAGAACUGGACUCAGUAGUCCAGGUGUGGCCUCACCAGUGCUGAAUAAAGGGGAAGGAUCACCUCCUGUGACCUGCUCGCAAUACUUUGCCUAAUGCAGCCCAGGAUACCAUUUACCUUCUUUGCAGCAAGGGCACACUGCUGGCUCAUGUUCAGCCUGGACCCGCACAGGGCUUUUCUGUAAAGCUGCUUUCCAGCCAGGCAGCCCCCAGCAUGUACUGGUGCAUGGGGUUGUUCCUCCCUAGGUGCAGGACUUUGCAUUUCUCCUUCUUGAACUUCAUGAAAUUCCUCUUAGCCCAAUUCUCCAGCCUGUCCAGCUCCCUCCGAAUGGCAGCGGAACCAUCUGGUGUGCCGGCAGCUCCUCCUGGUUUUGUAUUAUCUGCAAGUUUGUCUCUACUGAAAUGAUGUUAUGGCUUUUUCAGACCUCAUCUUCAAUUUGCCAGUUGAAGGCUUCCUUUGAAUUCUCAUCCUGUCCUCCAGUGAGCUUGCAACACUCCUAGCUUGAUAUUUGCAAACUUAAGCCUACAUUCCACUGUAACAUCAAGUAAAUAAAAAGUAGUUUUGGGCCUAUGGCAGACCCUUUCAGAACCACAUUAGGUAAUCCUUUAAUUAUGACAAUGCAACUCUAAUAACUAUUUUCUGUACAGUGUUUUCUUUCCCCCAGUGAAGUUGGGCAUGCCGACAUUAUAUUCUUUCAUCGGGAUCAAACUGUGCUGGUUUCCUGACAACACUUGCCUUUGUUAGAAGCCUCGUUAAGAUCGGGAUGAACCCUGCUGGUGCUGCUUUCCUUAUCUAUCUGCUAAGCUGUUACUUCCCAACAUUUGUUUUACACUUAGUAAGAAAGGAACGCUUUUGACAUGGCUGAUGGAGAAGCUUGAUUUUGAUUUGCCUGUGUUCAUCCCUGUGCAUCACCAUCCUUCUCCCCAGAUGUUUUAGAGUAAGGAGGAGAAAUGUGAUGAAUGUAGUGAUCAAAAACUUGCUGCUAUGAGAAGAUAGGGCUGUUCUUGGCUCUGAAAUCUGCUACUAGUGUUUGUUUCUUUUCCUGCUGGAAUAUACUGGAGAAUCUGAGCACAAUCCUGAUCUGGUGCUGACUUUAAGAAACGCGCUGAUCUAGUGCUAACUUUAAGAAACACUCUAAUCUGUUUGGUGCUGACUUCAGGAAACAUACUGAUCUGGUGCUAACUUUUGGAGAUGUGCUGAUCUGGCUGGUGCUAACAUUAGGAAACACACUGAUGUGGUUGGUGCUAACUAACUUUAGGAAAACCUCUCCUUCCAUUGCUUUUAUUUAGCUACAGGUAUGUUCAUAUUGCCUAUGCUGCUGAGGAGGCUCAUUGCAAGGCUGCUUGGAUCCUUUUUGUGAAGGCAGAAUGAACUUGGAAGUAUUUUUUAAAAAUGCUGAACAUCUUUUUAGAAAAACAAAAGUCCCUUCUCCUAGGAAUAGCAGAAAUCGGUCUGAAUCCCUCUCCAGUGUGAAGGCUGUUGAAUUCUCCUUUUUUUUUUUUUUUUUUUUUUAUGGAAACAUGAACACUGUAGCUAUUAAGUUACUUAUUCAGGCUGAAGUCAAAAGAACUUGAGGCAAUGUGAGACAACACGUGAACUUUCUGUCCCUCGGAUUAUUUUAGCUUGUUUAAUCAUACAAUAACCUGUGCUGAUGAGAAGGGACUGAUGCUAAGUUGGCUUACUCGGUAAAGUCUCAGGAGCCAGAGGACUUCUACUUCCUUGAUGGGUAGCAAGCAGAGAUUAGAGUCAGACGAGGUCAUCCUAUCCUGAUGUUAUGGUGACCAGAAGUUUAACUCUGCUCCACUGCUAUUCUUUUAAUUCUCUGAUGCUGUUCUUUGCAGGUGGAAAGGAACAGCUUGGACUUUGAGGAACACUAAGUGUGUUGUCCUGGUCCUGUUGUAGUACUGCUGCUAGCUCUUCUAUGACCAUCUGUUUUUAAAAAGAAGUGCUGUGUGGCCUGCAGGCUUGCUGCAGCACGGCUGAGGGGUAGGCAGCCUCUCUCUCCGGAGGCAAAUGACUAAAACUGUUCGUGGGUCAUCGUUCUCAGAUAGCGGAGCUGGGGAAGGCUUGUGUGAUGUAAAAGACUUGCAAUAAGUUCUUUUUUAUUCAUCAUGCGAACAAAACGGAGAUCAAUCUGAAAUCUAUUUCUCAGCGGAGGCGAGGAGGGGGGGGUUGGAAGUCUUUCAUGGGUAAAAGUGGCCGCCUACCCAUUGUAGGAGCGCGGUUUUGGUUCGCCUGGGCUCUGGCAGCCAAGCCAGCUGGCACCCCCUAGAGCCAGGGGUAUGAAUGGCAUCAUUCAUCUUCUAACCAAGUGGAGCCAAGUGGAAAGGUUUUUGGCUUUUUACUAACAGUGGCUAUAGUCUUCCUUAUUUUUGGUUACCAGAAAUGAAUUUUGAGAAGAGGAUUACAAAUAAUUCUAAAGUAUCGAUCUAAGUAAGUAAGUUGGUUGCAGUACUCAGUACUUCAAAUGUCCAUUGCCCCUUUUGACUUCAGCAGUUGUUCUGUGAGGGAGAUGGUCAGCAUGGUUGUGAAAUGGCAUUAAGAGCCAUCACAGGGUGGCAAAUAUGUCCCUGUAACUAAUUGAAUGAUGUGUCAUUUGUAACUGGAGACCCGUAGGGUUUUGUUUUCUCUCAAAGCUUUAGUGAUACUUCAGUUUGUGACUAGAAGAGCUGGAAUUAGGUUUUUAACUUUUUUUUUUAGACCUGUGAGAACUGCUUAGGUAACCAUCUGUCUUGUAACUGCAAUAAAUGUGUACAUGGAACUUAGAAGCUGCAUUGCCGUAGGGUGGAUUCAUUGAGGUCAAGUGUGGGCUGUUUGAUUUAUAAACAAAAUGCCUUCACUCUGUAUUGAAAUCUUGUCUUGGAAUUUUACAUUACUAAUAUGUCUACCUAGGACCUCAAAUACAAAAUGUUCUUACUGUGUAAAAAGUGACGGAAAUGUUUUCUCUUUAAAACCCUCAAAGCUGAGAAGGUGGGUAAGACUUCUGGGCUGUGGCCACACACCUGCAGUGCUAGUAUUUAGGUGACAUUUUUAUAUGGGAGACUUCAAAAUCAUAUUAACUGUGCUCAGCAAUUAUACUUUUCUUGAGGCUUCUCUUCACUGCCCUAAAGGUAAUAAACCUUUUCACUUAAAGGUAUUUUUUCACUCUAAAUUCAACGCCUUUCGAGAUCAGCGUGCCGUGCAAUCUUUUCUGUCUCCCUGCGAUGCCAGCUGGUUUUAUGUGGUAAACAUAGUUGGAAACAUAGACUGGGUACUUUUCUUUUGUAAACCUCUGUCUUGGAGGUAUGCAAGAGAACAAACACCUGUAAGACGGGUGUAUAAUCUGUGUGAGGGAGCUAGAUAUGCAUUGCAUGGCCUCAUUACAUGAAGAGCCGGUGUACCAACUGUUAGUGCUUUUGCUUUUACAGACUCAUCUGGAAACGGUUAUCUUGGAUAUUUUUUUCUUGAAUGGACUUUCAUGUUUUCUAUUGUAAUCUUGUGAAUAUUUUAAUACACUUUUUUUUUUUUUCCCAUUACUGGUUUGCUG